UGUGACAAUUAUUCGUGGAGCACUUGAUCUUCAGGAUAAAGCAGUCCAUAUUGCGAUGACACCAAUUGAUAAGGUAUACAUGUUACCUAUUGAUACUAUCAUGGAUAGAAUAACCAUGCGAGAGAUUUAUUCAACAGGUCACUCAAGAAUUCCCAUAUAUGGAGGAUCACGUAAAAAUAUUAUUGGCGUUUUAUUGACCAAGUCCUUAAUAAUGUAUAGUCCAGAUGAAGCACGUGCAUUAAAAACCUUUCCUAUAAAUACGAUUCCUACAGUCUCAGCUGAGACCCCAUUAUUUGACAUUUUAAAUACAUUUCAAGAAGGUAGAAGUCAUAUGGCUAUUGUCAUUGAAAAAGAGGAAAAUAUGCCUAUCGGCAUCAUAACAUUGGAAGAUGUCCUUGAAGAAUUGAUCCAAGAAGAAAUUUAUGAUGAAUCAGAUACACGAAUUGGUUUAGCAGUUAAAUUAGAUACCGGAGAUCAAUUGAUUUUAGCAUCCAAAAAAAGACGUGGAGAAAGCAGGAAUCAGGUAUAUCACAAAAAUAAAUUCAAGAGUCCAAAAUCAAGAGCUGGAUCAGGACAAGGAACUCCGUCUAAAUUUGAAAUUGAGAGUAAUCGCGCAGGAGAUUUAAUGAUAUUUGAUGAACCUAGUAUGGUUCCUACGGGUGCAUCAUAUUGA